AUGCGAACAAUCGAACAAGCGAACAAGCGAACAAGCGAACAAGCCAACGACUUCCCCCCCGGAGCGAAGAUGCGAUACUACAACCUAGUGAGCAAAGUAAGUCUCGGGAAAAACCUGAGAGGGAAUCUGUUGGCGAAGCGAACCUUUAGUCAAGGGGGGAGCGGAGAAAAGGUGAAAUACGUAAAGGAGGGAAAGGCAAAGUACAUCUUUUGCACAGCAGUCACAUCAGUAGCACUCUCAGUCGCACUGACUUAUGCAUACGAAAAUUAUGUCCUGUAUAAAUGGAACCACAAGUAUGACUAUUCAUACAAUCCACACAUGAAGAUAAUCGAAAAUAAAUCGAAAGAAAAAAAAGAAGGAAAGAGAGAAAAAAAACAUGUAUCGAAAAACAUAAUCCUUGUUAGACAUGGACAGUACAUAAGAAAAAACAAAAGUGAUGAAAAUUCAAAAAAAUUAACAAAGGAAGGAUGCAAGCAAGCAGAAAUUACUGGAAAAAAACUCAAGGAUAUUUUGAAUGGUAAAAAAAUCAGUGUAAUAUAUCACUCAGAUUUAAUUCGAGCAAAAGAAACAGCAGAAAUUAUUAGCAAAUAUUUUCCUAAUGCUCAACUGGUAAAUGACCCUAACUUAAAUGAAGGUACUCCUUAUUUACCUGAUCCUAUUCCAAAGAGUUCCAAGUUUGAUAGCAAUAAAAUUCGAGUUGACAAUAAAAGAAUUAAUAAAGCAUAUGAGAGUUAUUUUUAUCAACCACCUGGGGAGGAGGAUGAGUAUCAGUUGGUAAUAUGUCAUGGUAAUGUCAUUCGGUACUUUUUGUGCAGGGCUUUGCAACUUCCUUUGUUUGCUUGGCUGCGUUUUUCCAGCUACAACUGCGGAAUUACAUGGCUCGUUUUGGAUGACGAGGGCUCCGUCGUCCUGCGCGAGUUCGGCUCCGUUUCGCACCUCCCCUUCGAUAGCGUCACCUACUUCUGA